CGGGCACUUCCGGCAGUGCGGGCGCGGGGUCGCGCUGAGCGGGGAACCUGGCUGUGGCGCGAUGACCACGCUCCGGGCCUUCACCUGCGACGACCUGUUCCGCUUCAACAACAUUAACUUGGAUCCUCUUACAGAAACUGUAUCCUUUUUUAAGAAAAAAAAAAAAGUAAAACUAAGGAUUAUUAACGAAGAAGAAACGGAGAAAAGAAGGAAAAACAGAUGAGUACUGAGAAAAAGUUGAAGCACAUAGGUUUUGAACAGCUUAAGCAACAUUGAAAGCAAUUACAAAAGAGUGGUCUUAGGCUUGCCUACAAACUAUUACUAUAAUGCUUUAUAUGAAUCAGUAAUUCUGUAGCUCUGCUGCCCACCUUGGCCAUCCACAGUAAACCUGGUUUACAUAGCAGCAACAGAACAGUGAUUCAGGCCCUGUCUCCCUUUCCGGUAAGAGGGGACGGGUAGCUCAGGCUACACCUACUCCAUGAUGUCUCCAAUAGCCCUGCUCAGGAGCACCUGGGUCUUUAUGGUCUAGAUGACUUCUAGAACACAUCUUCUUAUCUGUGUUCUGGCUGUGCAGUCGGCAGGGGAGGUACUCUCUUUGGGAAGCACUGUACAGCCCUUCUCUGUCGCUGCCUGCUGUCUUCCUCCUGACGUGUUGCUGCAGUGGAUAAAGGAUUUUGAAAUUAGACGUGACCCAGAUGUUCCCUGGCAGAGGGAUGAGUACCUUGCCCACUGGCCAGAGUAUUUCAUCGUCGCAGAGGCUCCUGGUGGAGAACUAAUGGGCUAUAUUAUGGGCAAAGCAGAAGGCUCGGUAGCUAGGGAAGAGUGGCAUGGACAAGUCACAGCUCUGUCUGUCGCCCCCGAAUUCCGCCGUCUUGGCUUGGCUGCUAAACUUAUGGAGUUACUAGAGGAGAUUUCAGAAAGAAAAGGUGGAUUUUUUGUUGAUCUCUUUGUAAGAGUGUCCAAUCAAGUUGCAGUCAACAUGUACAAGCAGUUGGGUUAUAGUGUCUACAGGACAGUCAUAGAGUACUACUCAGCCAGCAACGGGGAGCCUGAUGAGGACGCCUAUGAUAUGAGGAAAGCACUUUCUAGAGACACCGAGAAGAAAUCCAUCAUACCAUUACCUCAUCCUGUGAGACCUGAGGACAUUGAAUAACCAUAGGCAGUGGUUCUUAGGCAAGUGUUCCAGACAAGUUUGUGGACAUAUUAUUUUCAUAGGAUGAUCUUGGAGCUCUAUUAGGAGGAAAGUAAUCAUUUAGGUCUUAAAGACUUCAUGAAAAUACAGGCUAUAAACUUCAAAUCUCAUCGAUCCAAUGAGCAUACAUGUUCAAACUGUUUGCCAUAGUAAAAUUCAAUCAAGGCAGCUAAGUCAGAAGGACACUUCCACUAUCAUGGUUGACCGUAUGCAGUACAUGCCAAGGAAAGACUCCCUUCAUCCUCCUCCUAAAUCCUGUGCCUGAGAACCACUGCUGCACAUAUAUAAAUAUAUAUAUAUAUUUUAUUUUGUAUUGAACUCUUAAUUGAAGCUUUAAAAGCAUAUAUGAAAUGUAUAAAUCUGAGAUGUAUAGUAAAACACAUUGUUGACUAUGAA